AUGGCUCCCAAACUUUCAGGAGAAGAGAUCGAUGAUCUGAUUUACUUCUCGCGAGCCGGCGAACUCGGCGAUCUUCAGGAGACUCUCAAAUCCCUGUCGGAGCGCGAAAACGCCUCUGUCGGCGAGGUCAUCACCGCCGCCAAGGAUGAGGGCAAGUCGACCUGCCUGCACAUGGCCGCGGGCAACGGCCACAUCGACAUUGUCAAGGCCCUGAUCGCGGCCCUGGACGCCCGUCCCGCCGACGAGAAGAAGGCCUACGUCGACGCGGCCAACGAGUUCGGCAACACCGGCCUGCACUGGGCGUGCCUGGGCGGCCACCUCGAGGUUGUAAAGCUGCUCGUAGCGCACGGCGCGUCGCCGGCCAUUGCCAACGACAAGGACCAGAUCCCGCUCGACUCGGCGCUCUUUAACAGCAAGAGGGAGGUGGCGGACUGGUUCCUGGCGCAGUCGGAGAAGAUGGAGGGCGGCAACCAGGAGGAGGGCCUCAGCGGCGCCGCGGCGGGGGUCGAUAUUGAGGAUGACGGCGAGGAGGAGAAGAAGGCCGGGGAAGGCAGCAAGGCCUCAUAG